AGUAAGUCUUGACGUGGCUCACUCAUUGUCGGCGGAUUCCACGUUGAGUUUUUAUCCAAAUUGUCACAAAAGUACUCUUCAAAAUACGUUGUUUCAAAAUCAUCUACUGUCUGUAUAAUCUUGGGGUCUUUUUAAGGUACUAAUUACUUUCGUAGCCUGUCUUGGAAAUUUAGAAUCAACGCAUUCGUUUGUUCUGAAGUAAACGACAUGGGUCUGACCAUAUCAAGCCUCUUUACCCGGUUAUUCGGCAAAAAACAAAUGCGAAUUCUGAUGGUUGGUCUCGAUGCUGCUGGAAAGACCACUAUACUUUAUAAGCUCAAACUUGGAGAAGUCGUUACAACUAUUCCUACUAUUGGAUUUAAUGUGGAAACCGUUGAAUAUAAAAACAUUUCCUUCACUGUUUGGGAUGUUGGUGGUCAAGAUAAAAUCAGACCUUUAUGGAGACAUUAUUACACUAAUACACAGGGUCUUAUAUUUGUUGUAGAUAGCAAUGACAGGGAAAGAAUAAAUGAAGCCAAAGAUGAAUUGCAUAGAAUGCUUGAAGAAGAAGACCUCCGUGAUGCUUUUUUGUUAGUAUUUGCAAAUAAGCAAGACCUCCCUAAUGCUUUAUCAGUCAAUGACAUUACAGAAAAGCUUGGCCUAACUCAGACUCGACAAAGAAAAUUCUAUGUACAGAGUGCCUGUGCUACCCAGGGUACUGGCCUAUAUGAAGGUCUGGACUGGUUGUCUAAUGAACUCUCCAAGUAAUCAACAAAAUGCAAAUGAUGAUGCUGGAGCAACACUUCCCAAUCCUAUCAGAUAUUUUAUUAGACCAGUUUCAGGAAGUUAUUAUUUUGAACUUGAAAUCAUCAGUGUUAUUAGAAACUAUUGAUACAUCUACAACACUUGACCAGUAAACUGGUAAUCAUAGAGAAUUGGUCAAAAAUAUAAAUUAGUUUUCAUUCUAUAAAUAAAUUUAUGAUUACCAGUUUAUAAACAUACUAUCAAAAAGAUUAGCUUUAAUAAGUGUGAGUGUAUCUAUUCUCAUAACUAGCAUACAUAGCUAACUAUUUGUGUUACUAGUGAUCAUGUCAAUAAAUACAUUUUAAGUAGAUACGUAAACUGGAUAUUAUGGCUAUGAUUUUCCUUAACUCAUGAAAUUCACUCGUAGUAUUUAGUCCAUAUUUUACAUGUCACUGAGUGAGUUCUAGAGGUAAAACAACAAACAAUACAUGUACUCCAUUUCAUGGCAUGAUGAAAAUAACUUGAUUACAACAUCUAAUAUACCAUACUUUGGUAUAUCAGUUGUGAAAUUAUUUUCAAUAUAUUUAGUUCUCUUACCAGCUCAGCAUACAAUGAAAAACUAGCUUAUUAAACUAGCACAGAUAUAUGAAGCAAAGCAGUAUGCAAAGUUCGCUGUUAAUUAAUUGAUUUUAUCGAAGAAACAAGGAUUUAAAAAGUCAUUUAAUGCACUAGUUGGAAAGUAAAAUUUAAAUGUGUGGGCACACCUACUGGGACCAUUUCAACGAAGUCUUAGAUAAAAUGAUGAAAAUAUAAAUAGUUUAGCGUUUUUAUACACAAGUUUCCUUAUGCUGUAUCAUUUCGCAAACGAGCGAGUUCGCGGGCAAGUGAGAGAGAUGAUAAUGAUAGGAAACAAAUGAAUAAAAAAGUUAUCAGGCUCUUAAAAUGUAA